CGGGUGUGGACUCCGUAUCCCGACGGUCGCCGAGGAGCUGGUAUAACUUCUUCAAGCCUCCAGGAUGGCCAUCCAGUUCCGCUCACUUUUCCCCUUGGCACUGCCUGGAAUGCUAGCACUCCUUGGCUGGUGGUGGUUUUUCUCUCGUAAAAAAGAACAUGUCGGCAGCCAUGAAAAACGAGUGGAGGCCAGCGCUGUGGAGCUGAGGGCUGGCCCUGCCAUCGGGGAACUGGCCCCUGUGGAAGAUGCCCAUUCUGCAAUAGUGUCCACACCACCCAGUGUCACACAGCCGGCAGAAAAGGAGCUGGCCACCGUGAGCAAGCCUUCCACAGAGCCCCCAGCCUUGCUGAGGGCACAUCCAGCCUGUCGAAGAUCAGAGUCCUCAGGCAGCCUGCCUAACACCACAGACAUGGGAGUUCGACCAGGAACGUGCAGAGAUGACAGUGCAAGGGUGGAAACAGCCCAGGCGGGUGAUGAAGCCAAGCCUGUUCCUCUGGAGUGCUCUCUUCCAUCCCCAAAGGCUAUUCUGUUCCCCCAGGAAGCUGCUGGGGUGUGCAGGCACGAGACAGGGCGGGACCAGCAAGGCCAGCCCGCAGCCCCCACAGAGAAGCAUGGCCCUGGGGAGAAGGCGAGAGAGCUGGGGGCUGAAGGCACUGGCGACGCAGUGCUGGGAGAAAGUGUGCUGGAAGAAGGCUUGUUGUCCCUGGAGCAUGGCUCUGCAUUGCAGAGCAGCAAGGCACCCACUCUGGCUCCCUUGGGAGGAGGGGGAGAGGAAAGGAAGAGCAGCCCGCUUCUGGUGGAGGGGGACACAGCAGAGAAGUUGUUGAGUAGCUUUAUUGAAUCGGCUCAGGUGGAGCGGGCCAAGGAUGAUGAAACACCGGCACCCCGGGUCAGAGGUGGCCAAGCCUGGGCUGGAGAACUGAGCAAAGAGGAGACCUUGGGUAAAAAUGAGGAGAUUGAGCAGGCUGCCUUCCAGAUCAUCUCCAAAGUGAUCUUGGAUGCGACUGAAGAAGUGUUGGCCACCACCACCAUGGGCAAGAUUGCAAGUUGCAUGUAUCAGGCCUCAGCUAGUCAGCCCCAGGGGCAGAAGGAGGAGAGCUGUCCCCCAGUUUGCCAGAAAACUGCCCUCGAGCAAGAUGUCUCAGAUCCCACUCGGGCCACAGUGGAGGCAGCCACAGUGGAGGCAGCCUUAGGCCCCUUGGACGCUGCCCUCCCGUUGGCAGGCCUGCCAGUAGAGGACGCGCCACCACCAAAGACCUAUGUGAGCUGUCUGACCAGCCCUCUGUCCAGCCCCACCAAGGACAUGAAGCCAAAGAACUCUGUGCACCACAUCUCCCUGGCCCCCUGCCCACCACCAGCCACCCCCCUUGGAGAGUUGCUGGACAAGGCAGAUGUCCUGGAGGAAGAUGCUGGCUGUGUCACCUGCAUGUCUGACAACAGCCAGGCCGUCCCUUCAGUGUCCUCCUCCGGGCAGUGCUCAGAUUCUGUCAGCACUUCAGGGCUCGAAGACUCUUGUACAGAGACCAACUCAAGCCCCAGGGACAAGGCCACCACCUCACUGCUGCCACAAAGCACUGUGCCCUUCAGCAAUGGGGUGCUGAAGGGGGAGUUGUCAGACUUGGGGACUGAGGAUGGAUGGACCAUGGAUGCAGAAGCAGAUCAUUCGGGAGGUUCAGACGGGAACAGCAUGGAUUCGGUGGAUGGCUGCUGUGGCCUCAGGAAGACCGACAGUUUCCAGAAUGCUCAGGCAGGCUCCAAUCCUAAGAAAGUGGACCUCAUCAUCUGGGAGAUUGAGGUGCCAAAGCAUUUAGUCGGUCGGCUAAUUGGCAAGCAGGGGCGGUAUGUGAGUUUUCUGAAGCAAACAUCUGGUGCCAAGAUCUACAUCUCCACCUUGCCUUACACCCAGAAUGUGCAGAUCUGCCACAUAGAAGGCUCUCAGCAUCAUGUAGACAAGGCGCUGAACUUGAUUGGGAAGAAGUUCAAGGAACUGAACCUCACCAAUAUUUAUGCUCCCCCACUGCCUUCUCUGGCACUGCCUUCUCUUCCAAUGACUUCCUGGCUCAUGCUCCCGGAUGGCAUCACUGUAGAGGUGAUCGUGGUCAACCAGGUCAACGCCGGGCACCUGUUUGUGCAGCAGCACACGCACCCUACCUUCCAUGCACUGCGCAGUCUGGACCAGCAAAUGUACCUCUGCUACUCUCAGCCUGGAAUCCCCACCUUGCCCACCCCUGUGGAAAUCACAGUGAUCUGUGCAGCCCCCGGUGUGGAUGGUGCCUGGUGGCGAGCCCAAGUGGUGGCCUCCUAUGAGGAGACGAAUGAAGUUGAGAUUCGCUAUGUGGACUACGGUGGAUAUAAGAGAGUGAAAGUAGAUGUACUCCGUCAAAUCCGGUCCGACUUUGUGACCCUACCAUUCCAGGGAGCAGAAGUCCUUCUGGACAGCGUGAUGCCCCUGUCAGACGAUGAGCACUUCUCACCCGAGGCGGAUGCAGCUGUGAGCGAGAUGACGGGAAACGCAGCACUGCUGGCUCAGGUGACGAAUUACAGUCCGACUGGCAUCCCUCUGAUCCAGCUGUGGAGCGUGGAAGGAGAUGAAGUGGUGUUGAUAAACCGGUCGCUGGUGGAGCGAGGACUUGCUCAGUGGGUAGACAGCUACUACACAAGCCUCUGACCCCUGUCCCCACCGCCGCUCGAGUUUUUUUUGCACUGUUGAAAUUGCUUGGCACUCAAGGCAGAGACUUUACAUCAGAAUAACAAACAUUGUCUUCCUCAGAAAGUCCUUGUUUUCAUACUGUCAUGUUGAGGUGUUCCGUCUUUGAGGCAGGAAGGAGCUAUGGGUUCUUUUUAAAGCCAUAGGAUGGCGUUUAACAAGCCAGUCGGGUUAACCUGGUUCUAAGCUGUUCAAAAAACUGUCGCGACCAAGUUGUCCUGGUCCCCCUCCUGCCCGUUCCCCUCUCCUUCCUUCCCACUUCCUUCCCUCCCCAAACCAAACCGACUGGAGCAGACAGGCCAAGGGAUGUGUUGCUUGUUUGAGAGGGUUUCUUUUGCUUCAGAAUCUUUUUUCAGGGAGCAGGACAUGAACUAAUUGGUUUUGAUUACUUGUACAGCUGACAUAUAUGAAUUUAUGAUGUUUAACCAGCUUUUAUAAACUUCACCUAGGUGUCUAAGAAGGCAGACUUUUUAAUGCAUAUGUAAAUACAAAGCACUCAUACCUCUCUCUGGCCUUGGUCCGAGGGAGAAGGGAAGUGUUUGUUAUCUGGCCAAGCCUGGUUGUGAUUUGUAACCAUUUUCUAUUUGUGCAAACUCUGUAAAUAAUGUGUUUAAAAAUGUAAUAUUUUAUACAAGAUACACUGGAGAACAAAGGGAAGUCAAGGUAUUCCCACACCCAUGUCAUCCAUUAGCAGAAGUGACUUCCACAGUCCAGCUGCCCAUCAGCUCCUCCUCCUGGGGCUCCCGUGGCGUCCCGCAUACCGAACAGGGCGACUGUAUGAUAUAGAUUGUGAUCCGGGGAUUUUUUUUCUUCUGUACAAAUUUGUUUAAAAAAAAAAAGCAGCUCAUUGAAUUAC